GCGGCGCCUCGGCAAGGGGGCCUACGGGAUCGUGUGGAAGGCCGCCGACCGCAAGACUGGCGCCGUCGUGGCCGUCAAGAAGAUCUUCGACGCCUUCCGCAACCGCACCGACGCGCAGGUGGAGGGGUUCAUGAAGAAGAAGGCGCUCUCUGAAAUACCUUGGACCAAGCCUUUGAGGACUUCAUAGAUCUAUGGUGCUGCCACCUUUGUAGUACUGUGUACAGUUCUGGUCACCGUAUCUCAAAAAGGACAUUGUAGAACUGGAAAAGGUGCGGAAGAGGGCCACCAAGAUGAUCAGGAGGCUAGGGCACCUUCUUUAUGAGGCAAGGCUACAACAUCUGAGAACGUUCCGGGAGAUUAUGUUCCUCCAGGAGUUUGGAGAGCACCCCAACAUCAUCAGGCUCUUGAAUGUCAUCCGGGCUCAGAAUGACAAGGACAUUUACUUGGUCUUUGAGUCCAUGGAGACCGACUUGCACACUGUGAUCAAGAAGGGGAAUUUGCUGAAAGACAUCCAUAAGUGUUACAUCCUGUACCAGCUCUUGAAAGCCACGAAGUUCAUCCACUCGGGAAAUGUCAUUCACAGGGACCAGAAGCCUUCCAACAUCCUGCUGGAUGCAGACUGCUUUGUUAAGCUUUGUGACUUUGGACUUGCACGUUCCCUGUGCCAGAUUCACGAGGACCAGGAGAACCCCGCGCUUACCGAGUACGUAGCGACUCGCUGGUACCGGGCCCCUGAGAUUUUGCUUGCCUCUCACAGGUACACCAAGGGUGUGGACAUGUGGAGCAUCGGCUGUGUCCUGGGGGAGAUGCUGCUUGGGAAGCCCUUGUUCCCAGGCACGUCCACCAUCAACCAGAUUGAGCAGAUCCUGCGCGUCAUUCCUGCCCCUUCCCCAGAAGAUGUUGCGGCCUUCCAUUCAGACUACAGGGCUUCCAUGAUCAGCCGCCUGAGCUGCCCGCAGCAGGUGACCUUUGAGGAGCUCUUGCCCACCUCCACUCCCCCACAGGCCCUCGACCUUCUGAAACGGCUCUUGGUCUUCAACCCUGAGAAGCGGCUCUCAGCAGAAGAGGCUCUGGAGCAUCCCUACGUCCGGAGGUUCCACUGCCCCGCCAAAGAGCCUGCUCUGGACUACACCGUGACCCUCCCCCUGGACGACAACGUGCAGCUCUCUGUGGCCGAGUAUCGCAACCAGCUGUAUGAGAUGAUCCUGGAAAGGAAGGCAAAUGCCCAGCAGCACCAGAAGUGCCAGCUGCAGAGAGAGAGUCCUCAGCCCUGGUGUGGCGCAGAGGCAAGCCCUCCUCUUGAAGCUUGCAGGGAGGUGAAGGGGGUGCCGCAGCCCCUCCGGCCAAGCACCAGGUCCCCUCAACUGCCAGGAGCUGCAGUGCCUUGCGAAGCUUCCCAGGCAAGAAGCCUCUGCCCGAGACCCAAGAUCACCUCAACGGGAGGCAACCCCCUCGUCCACCCAGCUGCCUUCCCUAGCCUGGCUCCUGGCAGUGUGACAAGGAAUCACUCCGCACCACUCUUGCUGCACCAGCCAGCCUCCCUCAACAGGAGAGUGGGCAGGCAAGCAGUCCGGGUGUCAGCAACCCCAGCGGACCCAGCAGCAGCAGCAGCAGCAGGCAGGCAUCCUCUUCAUGGAAGUCAGGUGCCAGAAGGCUCGGAGAGGCCAAGUCCACCCAUGGCCUGUCCGAGAGCCUUUUCGCUGGCCGGUCAGGCCCAGGAGGCUGCCCUCAACCACAAUUUGAUGAGGAAGGAGCCUUCCCCCAGCAAGGUCGCAGCUGGGAUGAAUCCAAGGAACUCUGAAUCCCCCCACAAUAGUGAAGCUCCUCCCAUGCUGAAACCCAGUAAAAAGAUGUUCCAGGUGACAGCAAAUGUGGGCGCCGCUGGGGAUCCCAAGGCCUGUCUGGGGAGUUACUCCCAGUCCUACGGGACCAUCUGCAAGUCAGCCCUUCAGAGUUUGCCUGUGGCCCCAAGGACCCCGCAGCUCUGACCGGCCUCACUUCUGGAGUCCUCUGGGAAAGAGCAGGAAGGUGCCCCCUGCAACAGGAUGGGGUGUGACCGCGGCCCUCCCUGCCGCUCGUGGACUGAAGCGUUGCUUUGAAAAGGCUGCUCAUCUGCUCUCAGCCCAAACCUGCAGCUGUCCGUGGGGUCGAAUACUGGAGGAAGAGCGGACCAAAGCACUGAGACUCUCGGGGUGGCGGAGGGUACUGGGGUGGUUUUUUUGUCUUUUCCGGGAUGGAGCAAGGGGCUAGAUGCUCCACAUCUGUUUCCCACAUGGGCCUUUGGGGCCCUGCCAGUUGCUUUGUUGCUCCCAAACGGAGCAAGGCCCUGUGUGCCUGCUUCCCUCCGUGGCCCGUGCCUGUGGGGUGGUCGUAAGGAUUGUAAUGAAAUAAACCUUUACAAAAGCA